UUCCCCAGAGCUUCUCCGCUUCCGCCGCUAUGGCCUCGCUGCGCGUGCCGGAUCUCAUCGCGGCGAUCCUGGAGCGCCAGCCGAUUCUCGCCUUCGACCGCACUUUCUUGAGGAGGGCGCUGAUUGUAGAAGGCGUAUCCACCAUCAUACCGCCGAGGUUCCUGGAGAUGCUCUUCGGCCUCCAUGGAGAUGUCACGGCGGCCGUUCUACUGCGAGACCACCACAGACACGAGCGCAUUGGCAUGGUGGUGUUUGCCACAGAUAGGGAUUUGCUUUUUGCGGUUGAUGCUGCGGCUCAGGCGGAUGGUCGGACCUCAUACCGGAGUAUUUCCAUGAUUCGUGAUCAUGUUCUGCGGGAUUCGGAGAAUGUUGUGAAUGCUGCAGUGGAACAGAGGAGGAUCCGGAGCUCCACCGCGGAGGCUUUCCGCCGGACGAUUCCCCAGCGAUACGUGGACGCCGACGUCCGAGGGGACCUUCCCUUGAGGUGCCUGCUGCUGAGGAUGACGGAGGGGAACACGGCCAUGGAGACGCCCGGCCAUCUGUAUGCCGUCGCGAGGACCACGCUGAGGGCGACCGGAAGAGCGCGCGCGCUGGCGAUCUCCCGCACGGCGAGGGUGGCCGUGGUGGUGUUCGACGACACCAGAGGCAUCGAGCGAUGCGGCGACUGGUGCUUGGACCUGAUGGGCUUGGGCCUCAGUCUGUACGACUCGGGGCUCUUCCCCUUGGGCGCCUACGCCGCCGGUGGCCAGGGCGUGGCGGUGCUUGACCUCAUCCCGCGCUUCUGCCGCUCGCCGGAGUUUCCUGGCAGCGUCGUCGUGCUCCGGGGACCCGGCAUCGGGGAGCGCGACGCCGGCGAGACAUGCCAGUGUAUAGAGCAGCGUCACCCGGUGGAGGCACUCCUGGCACACCGCGCCGAGCAGGCGGUGGUGGUCGUGCUGAGUAGCCGCGACGGCGCCGACGCGCUGGCGGCGGAGUCCGGCGAGUUCUGGAGGCGUGCCUUUGGAACGCAGCUGAUCACCGCCCAAGUCAUCGGGGCCCCAUCCCCGCCAUCUACCCCUCCGCCAUUGCCUUCCCCCGACGAGGCGAACUCAGCGCCCGGCCCGCAUCCACGCCAGGAUUGAUGCAGCGCUCCAUGGAUGAUGACCCCGAAGGUUUAGCUCGGAGCUUGGUCGAGCUCAAAUCACUCCACCCUGUUCACCUUGCUACAUCGUCUAUCCGUGCGGAAGAGGGUGAAGGAUUCUUGUUAAUGAUGUCCUCUCUCCUUCGAUUGGUGUUCUUAGAACUGUACAUUUUAGCCUUUGGUUCUUUUCCUUCUUUCAUUCUGGUUCUUGAUCCUGAUCAUAGAGUUGGGUUGUGCAUAUAUGCCUCUGAACAUUGAUGAUUGAUUGACAGUGAUGCUGCAAAAUCUUAUACUUUGUACCAGCUAACAGCUGUUGCUGUUUUUGACGUAUCCAUACUGCCCUUUGCAGUGCAGCUUUCUGAAAAGAAAAGAAACAUUCAAUCUAAUAAAUUGUAUGUGUUUGUGUUUGUGUGUAGGCUGUGAAAAUAUGAAAUAAUACUCUUCACCUGAUGUAUAGUUUCAUACUUUUCAGUAAAGACGA